ACGCUGAUUCUCUCUUUUUCUCUCUCUCUCCUUUCCUGCAAAUCCCCAACGAUGGCAUCAAUUCCUCGUCACUUCUUCAUCGCUUCCAUCUUUCUGGGUCUCCUAUUCAUUCGAGCCAACGCAAGACCAGGCGUUCACUUUCACCCAUGCAAAACCAUAUUCAUCUCCUACACGAUCUCUUCCAUCAAAUCCCCACUCUCAGAAAACCCUAACGACCCUAACCCUUCUGGUUUCUUCACUAUCUUCAGUGAAAUCAGGGAAUUCAAUCCGCGAAUCAUCCUCCCCUCCGUGGAGCUCAUAGGCGAUGAUGGUCGCCCCGAUCUCCGCCAUCCGAUUCGACAUUUCCAUGGCGAGGAUGUCGUCAAGUCUGACAUCGUUCGUCCUCCAUACCCUUUUGGUUUUGGUUCUAUUCGUGAGCGAACCAAGGACAUUCUCAGCGUUGUGGUUGCCUUGCUCUUCGGUGUCGGCUGUGGUGCUUUGACUUCUGCUACUAUGUAUUUGGCUUGGUCUCUCAUCACCAACAGGUUUGAAUUCAAUGAUUCUGAACGUGAAGGUGAGGAUGGUGACGAUAGUGAUGGUUUCGGUGACUAUGAUGUCAAGAAGUUGGGCUACGUCAAGAUCCCUGAUGAUACAGUUGCUGUUGCUGCUCCGGUUAAACAAGUGGUAUGAGGAGUGGAGGAAUUAGGGCUUUAUGUGGGUUUAUGAAAAUUGUUAUAUAUUGAUGUUUGUAUUUGACCUUUCGUAUGUGUAAUUGUGGAUUAUUACUCUUAAGCUGUCCAUGGCUGUGGAUUUCUGAUUUCUCAUGAUGCAGUACCUUAUGUGAAUCUAUGUGUUGACUUGGCCA